AUGGCCAAGAAAGGUCUUCCAAAUAUGAUGGAAUCAUUUCCUUCCUCAUCUAAGUCCAGGACCACAAAAUCUGCUGGAAAUAUGAAUUUUUCCACCUUAACUAGGAGAUUCUCAACCACUCCAUUGGGGAUUACCAUUGAUCUAUCAGCAAGCUGCAAAGUCAUCCUUAUAGGCUUUACUUCUUCUAUAAACAACCUCCUCAUCAUAGAUAAAGGAAUUAGAUUGAUACUUGAUCCUAAAUCACACAAUGCCUUAUCAAUGGACACAUUGCCAAUGGUGCAGGCCUCCCAUUCAUUUUCAUUGCCCGUCGGUUGGUUAGGACAUCCUAUCUUUAGAGAUAAAGAGGGGCGUGAACUUUUUGUAAGGCGUAUGCCUACUUUUUUUGAGACAUUUCCAGUUGUUUUGGUAGACGGAGACGGAAUUGUUAGAGCCGAUGUUCCUUUUCGAAGAGCUGAAUCGAAGUAUAGUGUUGAACAAGUAGGUGUAACAGUUGAGUUCUAUGGUGGCAAACUCAACGGAGUCAGUUAUAGUGAUCCCGCUACUGUGAAAAAAUAUGCUAGACGUGCUCAAUUGGGUGAAAUUUUUGAAUUAGAUCGUGCCACUUUGAAAUCAGAUGGUGUUUUUCGUAGCAAUCCAAGGGGUUGGUUUACUUUUGGACAUGCUUCGUUUGCUCUUCUCUUCUUUUUCGGGCACAUUUGGCAUGGUGCUAGAACUUUGUUCCGAGAUGUUUUUGCUGGCAUCGACCCCGAUUUGGAUGCUCAAGUAGAAUUUGGAGCAUUCCAAAAACUGGGCAAUCCGACUACAAGAAGGCAAAUAGCCUGAUUCGGAUAGAACGUUAUUUUUUAUUGUUGUU